CUCACUGCUAAAUUAUAUGCUGCGAGGUAUAGACUGAAAUCUCGGGCCAAGGUGUACAGGAUAGCUUCACGUGAUCUCAGCCGUUCACUGAGGGAGCAUAGUAACAACUCUGCACCUGAAUAUUCGGAUCUGUUGAGGAUGGGAUUAGUUGAUGCUAUUGAAGGUGUUCAAUUCUCUCAUAUGUCUUUGAUUCCUUCAUGUGAUUACACUCCAUUUCCAAGGAACUGGGUACCAGAUCAUGAGCAAGUGUUGCACGAGUACAUCAGAUUACAAGACCCAAAAUUCUUUUGUGAAUUGCACAGGUCAGUUAAAAGAAAAGGUUUGAGUUUGCCUCAAGACGAGGUAUCUGGGAUUGUCUGGGACUACAAGACUCUUGGAGUGCGGAGUUAUCAGUCUAUUGGUGAUAAUGAGACGAAAAAAGCUGCUGAUAAUGUGAUAUUACCGCCUUGA